GGGGGAGGGUGGGGGAUGGCGCGGACCCCGGGGCCGGCUCCGCUGUGUCCCGGAGGCGGCAAAGCACAACUUUCCUCCGCUUCUCCCCCCGGGGCCGGGCUCCUGCUGCCGCCCCCGACGCCACCGCCGCUGCUGCUGCUGCUCUUCCCGCUGCUGCUCUUCUCCCGGCUCUGUGGUGCCUUAGCUGGACCAGUUAUUGUGGAGCCACAUGUCACAGCAGUAUGGGGAAAGAAUGUUUCACUGAAGUGUUUAAUUGAAGGAAAUGAAACUAUAACACAAAUUUUAUGGGAGAAGAUACAUGGCAAAAGUGCACAGACUGUUGCAGUUCAUCAUCCUCAAUAUGGAUUCUCUGUUCAAGGAGAAUAUCAGGGAAGAGUCUUGUUUAAAAACUAUUCACUUAAUGAUGCAACAAUUACUCUACAUAACAUAGGAUUCUCUGAUUCUGGACAAUAUAUAUGCAAAGCUGUUACAUUCCCACUUGGAAAUGCUCAGUCCUCUACAACUGUAACUGUAUUAGUUGAACCCACUGUGAGCCUGAUAAAAGGGCCAGAUUCUUUAAUUGAUGGAGGAAAUGAAACAGUAGCAGCCAUUUGUAUCGCAGCCACUGGAAAACCAGUUGCACAUAUUGAUUGGGAAGGUGAUCUUGGCGAAAUGGAAUCCACUACGACUUCUUUUCCAAAUGAAACAGCAACAAUUGUCAGCCAAUACAAGCUUUUUCCUACCAGAUUUGCUAGAGGAAGGCGGAUUACUUGUGUUGUAAAACAUCCAGCCUUGGAAAAGGACAUCCGAUAUUCUUUCAUAUUAGACAUACAGUACGCUCCUGAGGUUUCAGUAACAGGCUAUGAUGGAAACUGGUUUGUAGGAAGAAAAGGUGUUAAUCUCAAGUGUAAUGCUGAUGCAAAUCCACCACCCUUCAAAUCUGUGUGGAGCAGGUUGGAUGGACAGUGGCCUGAUGGUUUAUUGGCUUCAGACAAUACUCUUCAUUUUGUCCAUCCACUGACUUUCAAUUAUUCUGGUGUUUAUGUCUGUAAAGUGACCAAUUCCCUUGGUCAAAGAAGUGAUCAAAAGGUCAUCUAUAUUUCAGAUCCUCCUACUACUACCACCCUUCAGCCUACAAUUCAGUGGCAUCCCUCAACUGCUGACUUCGAGGAUCUAGCAACAGAACCAAAAAAAUUGCCCUUCCCAUUGUCAACUUUGGCAACAAUUAAGGAUGACACAAUUGGCACAAUCAUUGCUAGUGUAGUGGGUGGGGCUCUCUUCGUAGUACUUGUAAGUGUUUUGGCUGGAAUAUUCUGCUAUAGGAGAAGACGGACGUUUCGUGGAGACUACUUUGCCAAGAACUACAUUCCACCAUCAGAUAUGCAAAAAGAAUCACAGAUAGAUGUUCUUCAACAAGAUGAGCUUGAUUCUUACCCAGACAGUGUAAAAAAAGAAAACAAAAAUCCAGUGAACAAUAUAAUACGGAAAGACUAUUUGGAAGAGCAUGAAAAAACGCAGUGGAACAAUGUAGAAAAUCUCAGUAGGUUUGAAAGACCAAUGGAUUAUUAUGAAGAUCUAAAAAUGGGAAUGAAGUUCGUCAGUGAUGAACAGUAUGAUGAAAAUGAAGAUGACUUAGUUUCACAUGUAGAUGGUUCCGUAAUUUCCAGGAGGGAGUGGUAUGUUUAGCAGCCACUAAAUGUGACUUAACUAUGUACAAUGUUUCAUUCAUACUAGUUGAUCAUUUUCAGAUUGUUCAUACUUUUUCUUGAGGAAUAAUAAGCUUUUCAACUUGAUUUUCAAGCUUACUUUUUAUAUUCUAAUUUGACAAAUGGAAAUGUAAAAUCUGGGUUCAGUGUAUCUGAGCUGCUUUACAGUUUUUUUUUCAAUGCUGUACUACUGUCUCAAGAUUUAAAUUUUAAUGCAGAGUACUUUAUUGGUCUGAGGCACACAGGUAAGAAGAAAUGUCAGCAUUAAAUGAAUGACUUUUUUAGUACAAAAAUUAAAAAAAAAAAAAAGAAACUACCUUGGCAUUGUGUAUUAAAUGUUUACCUAAGACUAUAAUCUCAAGUAAAAUGUUUGUUAAACAUAUACCUCUCAAAAUUUAUCACCACUAAAUGAUACUACAUCAAAAUUGACUAUAAAACUAAUUCAAGAAAUGUUUAUAUAUAUUUUUAGUAUACAAAAAAUUCAGCCUGAUGAAACACCUUUUCUUUUCAGACAUUAUUUUCUAUGUUUCUAUACAAAUGGAAUCUUUACCUCUGCAUUUUAAUGAGCCUUGCCAUAAUUACUGUAGAGUGGCUUUUCAAAGGUAUUUUGUUGCACUAAAAACUGUGGUAGUACACUCAGUGAACGUGUGUGGAAGAGCAUAAUUAGCUGAUCAAUAUUUUUGUCCAAAAUACGUACAUGAGUAAUAAAAACAUGCCUUUUAAACAUGAUAAUUACUAUAAUUUUUUCAUCUCUGGAGGGCAAUGCUUAUAUUGUUAUGUGAACAUAGGUUUUGGUACAUGAAGUGGUAGUUUUGUUUUAAUGAUUUAUGUCCUAAAUAUAAGAAUAAUAAUGAAAAGAUGGUUCAUAGUUUAAUAGAGUACAGAGAGAGCAUUUCAGUAUAUGGAAAACCAUGGGUAAAACAAGCAUUGGAGUACCAUUUUUAGAAAUGAGACAAAUAUUUCAGCCAAGAAUCUGUGCAGAGAAUUUUGUAGACCAUCUUGUUUUAGUCAUUUAUUAUUGAUGUUGUUCAAAUGGAUAAAUAUAUAGGAAAAAAUAGAAUAAACUUGGAAAUUUGAGAUUUAACAAGAAAAAAUCUGAAUUAUAGAACCAAUCACUAGCACUUGCUGAUGGAUAUUGACAAACCAUCCCCCUUUUCCUCCUAAAUGUAUGUAUGUGUUUCAAGAUUUUUGUUUUUCCAAUUAAAACUGGAAACAUCAUGAGGUCUUUUUGUUUUGUUUUUUUGUUUUUUACAUAAUUAAGUAUAUCCUUUCCAAAAAUCAUGUAUCUUUUGAAAAAGAAAUCUUACCUAAAUCUUCAAAUGUGGAUCUUCUUUGUUAGGUAAUUAAAUUGCUUCUGCAGUGGAGUCCUAUACAAUAAUGAUGACAACCGUUUUGAAGACCAAAGAAUAUGUUUUAUCUGUUGAUGAUUCAUUUGAAAAAAGGACUGUAGAAUUGCCUUAGGUGUUUUGCCAGGGAGUUGAAAUAGAAGUUAGCAGGAGAAUCAUAAAUUAAAUAACUUAUUUUGUUAAUAAAACGGCAAAGUAGGUACUUUUUUUUCACCUUCCAACCGCUCCCUUCCCAAUCCUCAUCAAAUCUAAAAAA